AUGAAAUAUAUUCGCGGAACGGAUGUUUUUGUACAGUCCUUUGAACAAAUUAUAAACCCUGACCUCUUAAGUGAAAUACCUAUAGAAUGUCCACAAGAUGAAUUUUCUCGAAGACGCCUGCCUAGAUAUAUUCAGUGGUGUGCUCCUGAAGUUAGCAGAUUUGAAUCCACUGGCAGUAUUGACGUAUGGGGUUUAGGUUGUAUCCUGACAAUCUUGAUAUACGUCAAAUAUUUGUUGAAAGGUGAACAUAUUUUGGCAGUUAAUCUACUUAAGACAAAAGAAGAUGCAUUUAGUCAAAAGUUAUCUUCAAAGGAAAUAGAGACACAUAAAGAACUACUCACUUUAAUUUCCAAAAUGAUGAAAAUCAAUCCGAAAGAGCGAAUUACUCUUAGUGAUCUUCUGAAGGAUGCAUUCGUUCAAGCACUACUGAAACAAACAAAUUCUGAAUCUAUAAUGAGAACCAAACGACUGAUUGUUACAGAAGCCGACAGACCAUUUCCAAUUAAUCAUUCUGAAGAUAUUAAAAUGACGUAUUUAAUUAACAACUGGAAACAUGAAAAUUGUGCACAGAAGGCUAUUUGUUGGUUUGCUGAAUGCAUUGGAGUGGAUAAAGACAUUAAAUUACCAUCAGAAUUACCAUUUCUACUAUUCAAGUUAAUGCACUUGCAUCGAUACAACCUAUCAAUUGUUACAUCAUGCUUAACUAUAUUAGUUCAUGCUGUUGAAUCUGGACAAAUGGAGUGUUUACUAACACGAACACGGUAUACUUGUGCAGAUGGUAGUGAUAUAAUGAAAAUUUUACCUAAAGAAAUUAAUGAUUUGAAAAAAUUUUGGAAAACAAAAAGUUUAAAUACUGUUCUAUCAGUGAUGCAAAAAUACUUUUAUCAUACUAGUAUACAAAACUUAGGUUUCUCAUUUUUUGAUUAUCUAAUUAAUGCAAAACACUUUACUGUCAAUAUGGAUAUUGUACAAGGCUAUUUAAAAACAUACGAUAGUAUAUUUAAGAAACUACGAAAAAUUAAUUUAUCUCGUCAUAUUAUAGAAAUGCUGAAAUGUGAAUCUAAAGAUAAUGUUAAAAUAGCAAUAAAUUAUCUAUGGAAAUUUUGUAUUUACGAACCUAUUGCUCAAGAUUUGGCAAAAGCAGAUGCCCUAUCAAUAACUAUAGAGUUUAUGCAGUCUAAUUAUACGGAUUGUGAAAUUUAUACUAACGGCUCUUUGGUAAUUGUAUCCCUCUUACAAAUCGAGUUUGUAGCAAAUCAAAUUGUGAAAUACAAUAAUUUAGUUCCAAUGUUAUUACGUGGUUUGAUUGUAUUCAAAGCUUUACCAAACACUAUUUGGAGUAUCUGUUUAUGCCUACAAAUUGUUAUAAAUUUAUCAGAGGAAUUUGCUUUGCAAUUUAUCAGUGAAAUUGGUGAAAUUGCUCCAAUGGAGGAUGGAUUUGAUAUUCUCUAUUCCAUUUAUAAGAAUCAUUAUGACAAUACUAAUGUCAUCGAAGCACUGUUGAAACCGAUCAAGUCUGUACUUCAAUAUGAAUCUUAUUGA